AUGUCUUCUCAUUCGUCAAUUCAUCACCUAAACCCUUCCUUCUAUUUCGCGACCCAGGGCCUUCUUACUGCUGCGACAGUCUUGCUCACAAACAAAAAAUCGCCGUCACGACUCAUACCUCUUGUGCUAGUGCUGGCUUUGGGUAUUUUGGAGCUCAGGACUGCCGCUGACAAUGCUGGACCUAAUGGUGGAGCGGUUGCGACGUUCGCUUUUCUGUACACCGCUCAGCUGGCCAAUCUGUUGUGCGUAACGAGUGUGAGCUUAUUGGAUUUCACAGCCUUCCAGAGCAAUGCACGAAAGCUUUCACCCGGACAGAAAAUACGGCUUGUUCUCCACCUAGUUGCUUUCAAUUUUCGGGGCAUUCGGACGCCGUGGCAAAUUAAAAAUGUUCCGCCUUUCUCAGACUACUUUCCUGGGAGACUCCCACGAAGUCGUAUAACUUUUAUGGGCCGGCAGAUCUUGAUUAUGGCCUUCCAGUACCUUAUUGCAGACCUAGUUACAGCGAGAAUGAGCACGUUGACAGGUCGACAAAGAGAUCACUUGUUCGGCCCUGGAACUGAGUUCGCGUAUUUCAGCGCUACUCGCCAGCAAUGGUAUUUCCGCAUCGUGUCUUCGAUAGUGAUACGAUGGUGUCUUCAGAGAGCAUUCUUGAGCUUUUUUUACAACUUAUCAUCCAUUGCGGGGGUCGCAACUAGUCUGUUCUCGAUAGAGGACUUUCCCCCUUUCAUGGGAAGUGUGUGGAGUUCGUACACGCUGCGAGGUUACUGGGGGCAGCACUGGCAUCAGACGCUUCGAUGGCCUCUGACGUCACUAUCCACCUUUAUCACAAGGGAUAUUCUUGAUCUUCCGAAACCAUCGCUUCUAGAGCGAUAUACGCACAUCUUUCUGGUGUUCAGCAUGUCUGGAUUUCUUCAUGUUUUCAUAGACAUCGGAGAUGGCAAGAGUGAAUUCCUCUCGACGAUGCUCUACUUUCAGUCCUUUGCACUGGGAAUUAUGAUGGAGGACGGAGUUCAAGCCCUUUGGCGCUGGUAUACAGGGCAGCCUUUCAUAGAAAACGAUGAUGCCGUGCAUGUCUGGAAGAAAAUAGUUGGCUUUAUGUGGGUAAACUUCUUUUUCGUAAUGGUUGAGCCAUGGUACUGUUAUCCGGCAGCUCGACUACCACAAAGAGACAGGAAGAAUUUACCAGUUGGCGUCUCGAGCUAUAUCGGAGAAGGCUUCACAUAUGUUUUAACCUGCGCUUUGGGCUUAAUCCUGCUCACUGUCUUUAAGGUCGAGGUAUAG